CUUUUUGAUUUGUUUCAAUAUAUCGUAUCGUGUAUAUUAUAUAAGUCUUGACUUGUUGUACAUUGUACUCUGUAUAAAACGCUGUAGACCCUGCUUGCAACUGGAAGCAAAAAAAGAAAGAGACGAUGGAGAAAGCUACGCGCCAAUUGACGAAUCAAUCGAGUAAAAGUUAUGUAGAAGAAUUAGUGACAACCUUGGAUAACGGCGGACCGAUGAUCGGACCCUCCAUGGACACGAUGCAAAUGGAUAUGGAAGAAAAUUACGACCGCCAAGAUACACUGGAUCAAUGUGAAAAGGGGUCCUCCGCUUCCACCGUCUAUAAUACCGAGCAAUAUCCCGAGGCCGCGACUGUACCAUCUGAAAAGGCCACCGCCACCGUUGCCACCGCCGCCACCAAGCAUCAUCCUUGGUGGUCAUUGAAACGCAAUGAUCAAGAUACCGAUCCUCGAACUUAUUCAUCAUUAAAGAAACAUACCAUUUUAUUUAUUGUGGCCAUUGCUGGCGCCAUGUCCCCGCUCGCUUCCACCAUUUACUUUCCUGCCAUUGUUACCAUGCAAUAUGCAUUCAAUACCACCGAUACUGCCAUGAACGCUUCCUUAUCUAUUUUUACAUUUUUCACAGCAUUUUUCCCAUUACUGUGGGCUACCUUUGGCGAUAUAUUUGGACGUCGUCGUAUUUACUUGAUAUCCUUCUUAAUUUCUGUGGUUGGCAGCAUUUGCUGUGCACUGUCGGUGAAUGCGUCCAUGUUUAUCGUGUUCCGUGGCUUUAGCGCCAUUGGUUCCUCUUCGGUCAUGUCCAUGGGCGCAGGUACCCUCGCCGAUAUCUUUGAACCUCACGAACGUGGAAGAGCGUUUGCAUGGUAUACGUGUGGGCCUUUGUUAGGUCCGGCGCUCGGGCCUAUUAUUGGCGGUUAUCUCAACCAAGGUCUGGGUUGGCGAAGCAAUUUCUGGUUCUUGGCCAUUUUUGCUUUCUGCCUUUGGUUGGCCAUUCUUUUUUUCUUGCCUGAAACGCUCCGCCCAGAAGCUUUGGGUCCGCAAAAGCCGCCUUCCGUCAAGGAAAAGCAAGGCAAACGCUGGCCUUGGAUCAAUCCCAUUGCCGCAUUGAACUUGCUGCGUUUUCCUAAUAUUGCCUUGACAGUUACUUUUGUCGGCAUGCUGUUCAUGGUGUUUUAUCUUGACAAUACCACCUUUACUCGUACUUAUACCAAUCAAUAUGGUCUCGAUUCCGGUACAGUGGGCCUGUGCUAUUUACCUCUGGCUGUGGGUUCCAUGAUCGGUGGUAUUGCCGGUGGUCGAAUGUCCGAUCGUGUUUACAAUAAGCGAGUUGCUCAAGCCGAAGGAGGUGUCAUCCACCCUGAAAUGCGCAUCAGUGGCGUGCUAUUUGCUCUGGCAUUAAUCCUUCAGCUGUGUGCUUUUGUCGCCUAUGGAUGGUGCGUUCAAGAAAAUGUGCACUUUGCUUUCGGCCUGAUCUGCCAGUUUUUCCUGGGUAUGGCGCUAAUGUUACCCAACGUCACGCUGUCAGCGUAUAUGGUUGACUGCUUCCGAAAGAAGGGAGCAUCGGUGACAGCUUGCAAUAAUUUCGCAAGAUAUAUUAUGGCCGGUAUUGGUUCUCUGGUGGCUUCCGAUUUGGAACAUGCCAUGGGUGACGGUCCCUUGUUCACGGUAUGUGGUGUGGCCAUGAUAGUCGUAUCAGUCAACCUGAUCAUCGUGAAACGAAAAGCCAAGGAAUGGGGUGAACUGCGCAAAUCAGUUGCAGAUUCCUAAAGAAAAAAAAAGCCAUAUUUAUUCACAUUUCAUCAGUGCCUUCUUUUGCAUAGUAACAAUCUUAUUCCCCCGUGCAUGCUUCAUCAAUAAACAGUCACAUACGGCAUUAAUCUUUCUCGUUCUCCAAAAGUUCAAUGUGCCCUAUUCAUAU